AUAAAAAGGAAACGCACUCCUAUUGCGAAUUAGUCUUUCACCAUGGGACAACCGUUGCUGCUCGUUGCAGGUCUGCUUGCCUGCUUCGCAUUGGCGAGGGCGCUACCAGGCCUUUUUCCUCGAGACCAAAUCACAACGUACAAGUACUAUGCGGAUGUAAAAGCAGGAAAUAUCGAACCCGUCCCGUAUGCUUCUCAAUUUGUAAUUACCGGUGUCAUGCAUGUGACACCUUAUCUCAGUGAUCCGAGUCUGAAAAAUGCCAUUCACAUCACUCUCAAUGUUACACACGGUAUUCGAAAUGGCGAGAUACAACAUUUCGAAAAAAUUUCGGACCAUAUGCUUCCUGUUCCCGAUGCCGCCAAUGUGAUCAAGGAUCCCUUCAUCGUCAUUUUUGAUGAUAAUGGCAAGGUGAAAGGCCUGAUGGUGCAUAAGGAUGAAGCUGGAUGGUCUCGAAAUAUGAAGAAAUCGAUGGCUUCCAUGCUACAGUUGGACCUUUCCUCGAUGAAUCUUGAAAUGCCCGUGAAGCCGCAUGGUUUUCUUACCAGAGAGAAUUCCAUAUACGGCGAGUGUGCCGUUGCUUACGAUGUUCACCGUACACUGGAUCUUGAAGAGGGACACUUUACUGUGACAAAAAUGAUGAAUCCAUCGGAUUGUCAGAAGUUCGAUCAACAUACCUUCAAUUCCAAGGAGUCUACAGACAGCUGUUUGAUCGAUGAAGAGGAUCCAAUGUCUGCUGCUAGUCGAAGGGUCUUUCACAUAAAACAUACCGGAAAAGAUCUUCUGAUUAAGACGCUGGUGGCCCACGGAGUCCUUAAUUAUUUCCCAUGGAAAGCUCAAACCGAAGCUCACUAUAUUCUUGCAAACCAAUCGAUGGAAUUGAUGUCCUUGGUACCACUCGAAACUAAUUUGGUACCCAAAUUGAACAUGACAGAAAUGGUAUUGCUGAAUGAUAUUGCGUUCGAAAAAUCACACCAUGGCUAUGCUUCUCGUGCCGGUUUGGAUCUUACCCACGGACGUCACGUCGUUAAUGUUGAUGAUAUGGCUAUACAACUAAUGAAGAUGCUGGGGGAAGCUGCUGACUACAUGACAGAAAAUAAUCUGGAUAUGACAUCGCCGGAAAUAAAACACGGGCAGACAAUAAACCGCAUUCUAAACACAAUAACUUACAUGGAUCUUGCGUCUCUCGAACAUGUUUUCAAUAAUAUUGCAGCGGAUUCCUCUAUAAAAGAACAAAAAGUUAGGACAAUCUUCCUGAAUAUGAUCGCUCACGCAGGAACUGAUGCGACAUGCUUAUUUACUCGAAAUGUGAUACGAAAACACAAGGUCACGCCUGAAAUUGCUCUUGUCAUGUUGAGUAAACUACCGUACAAUAUUCGUGUGCCUACGGAAACUUUGUUGGUAGAAAUGGAGAGUCUGAUGACCCUGGAGGAGCCUGGAGAAUCCUCGAACAUGUCACUGGGGAUCCCCAAAGCUGGUAUUCUCUGUUUCGCUACUAUGAUUUACAAGACUUACAAGCACGCAGAGAACUACCAUCGCAGCAUGGAUCCGGAUCUUGUUAAGCGUUAUGUCAAGCACUAUUACGAUCACGUGAUAAGUGAGCCUACCUACGAAAUGAAAAUGGUCUAUUUGCACGCAUUGAGAAAUAUUAGAAUCGCAGGCGUACGGGAGGUUUUAGAACCUAUCAUUCGCGGUGAUUUGAUGGUUUCCGACAGGCCUCACCAUCUUCGGUUGCAUGCGAUGAUAGUCAAUUUGGAGUCAUCAAAUGACGUUGAGUAUAUUCAUAAUCUCUAUUGGCCAAUUUUGGCGAAUACGAAAUUACCUGUGGAGUUGAGGAUUUGUGCGUACGCCAUUUUGAUUAAACAACCACCCCGUAUGGAAAGCCUGAUGAGUCUUUACUGGUUAAUGGUCUAUGAAAAGAACGAGCAUUUGUACAACUUUCAUUACACGACUAUGAAGAGUUUGGCAAAUACAAUGAACCCUUGCUUGACACCCAUGAAGGAAAUGGCUCGCAAACUUUUACGAUUUAUCAGAGUAAGACCAGUGUCUGGCAUUCUCACCGGUUCUUGGGUCGUUGACUUUGAAAACAAGAGGUUCGGCUUCGGGGAAUCUGUGAACCUGAUGAUGGUUGCUGACGAACAUACUGGAAAUCCAUCUUCUGCUGCAAUCGAAUAUUCAACACUUAACCAUCGCAGGCCUGUGAGCCUUCGAACGUUGUGGCUCCGCGUUGAAGGUGUUGAUGAUGUGAUUGCGAACAUGAUCUGGGGCACUGCUAUGGAAAAGCCGUUUAAUCGUGUAGAAGAGAUACAAAAUAUAUUGAACAUGGCAAAUAAAGACAUGCCACAGAAGAAGCCAAUACACAUCGAACUAGUUAUAAUGAUUCAGGACCGUACCGUAUUCGCCCAUUACUUUGAUGCUAAAACGUUACCGAACAUACAGAAUAUCAUAAGAAGACUGGACUCUAACUCUAAUGAGUUAUCAUUUACCCAUAUACACAACGAAUUUGACGAUCUAUACAUUCAGCAAGUACCGAACGACCUUGGAUUGCCAACUAUCUUUUACACUCAAAUCCCCAGCGUAAAGAUGAUGAAUGGAAAGGUCAAACUCGGUAAAAGUAUAAAACAAUCAUACUUGAGCGUUGAAUCUUCCAUAAGAGAUUGGCGGCACGGAUAUUACUCAAUGGAAGUCUACAAUCCGAUAAUAGAUACAUGGCAUGCAAUUCGACGAGUAUCGGCAUUUGAUGUCAGUCUACCCAUUGCAUUGAAUAUCGUUUAUAACAAAGAAGCCAACAAUUUUAAAAUUAGUUUGCCUAGACUGCCUCUUACAGAAUAUUCCGUUUCCGGAAUACGGUCGCAUGUCAAAAACUACGUGAUGGUAAUUGGAGCUGAAGAAGGCGUGCUCGAGAAGCAUUGUCCAAUGUGUCACCCUGCAGAGCUGAUCACCAGGGGCCUAAAGUAUAAGAAAAACAUAAGCCUGGUGAACGUUGACUCUAAAGAUACAGGACUACAUUUCAGCAUGCACCAGUAUGACUGCGAACGAAUUAUGCAUCCAGGAUCGCGAUCUGAUGCGGUCUCGGAAAUCUUCCGCAACGAAAACAGAAACACAAUGGAUAAUUCACUGCUUCUGGGAGUUAUGGCUCUUCGAGAAUUCUAUCUUUAUGGACUUAUCAAUCCCGAGCUUGGAACUUGCGGAUAUCUUGCUAAACUGGAACCGAGUAUCGUCUACCCAACUUCUGUGGUUGAUAUAAAUAUGCGCGUAAACAUUGAACAAGCUGCACAGAAAACGUUGAACUUAUUCCCUGGGGUGAAGAUGAAUUUCCGUGGAACCCUAGAAGCUAAGACUGUGUCGACGAACGUUCCGUUACGUUCUUGGUCCAUAAACGCUAACGCUGCUACUACGCAAGGGCACAUCAAUAAUCAGUUACAAAUUCAGAUGACAAGGACUACACCAGGACAAAAGGAUCUUAAGAUUUGCAUCGAUGGGCACAAAAUUUAUUCAGGAUCAAAUGUUGACUUCUUGGAUCGAAAUCUGACGAUAAAACAAGAAACGAUUGGUAAACUAACCUUGAAUAUGGGAGAAACUGAGGAUUCUGCGUCGACAAUGUGUGUCCGUGAUGACGCAUCGAUAAUUAUAACUAUGAAGGGUGAGAUACCGAGCGAAGAAAUCCAAACGCUGAAGGAUGCAAGAGUUAACGGAAAAUGCCAGAAGGAUAUCGAAAAUCCUGUUUACCUGUAUGCCGAAAGUUUCAUGAUACCAAGGACACGCGCUUGUCUAGAUGAAUCAAUUCUAAACUCUUAUAUCCGCAAAGUCACGUACACUGUGCAAUACAAAAAUAUACCGGAAAGUCUUAAGAGCAUGGUUUACUGGAUGGACGAUAUCAUCAACGUGAAUCUAUUACCGUACGUAACGUAUCACCCAGCCCACACAGAGACUGGAAUAAUAAAGAUAACCACGGAAGUUCCUCUGGGUGAAGAAAUUAUGAAUUUGGCUGUACGCACUCCGAUACACGAAAAGAGGUUCACCGCUGUUCCCAUUGUUGACACAAGCAAGAGAAGCGCGGUUCUGGAUAACACUCGUUUCUCCCAUGAUUUCCUGCUCAGACUGCACCACAAUCAUAUCAAAUUCUGUACCAUUUAUCCUGAGGUUUUGAUAAACACGGAUGGUGGGAUCAUGCCUUUCAUUCUUCCUAGUGAAUGGACAUUGCUCACUAGCGAUACCGCAAGACACAUGUUUUCGGUGUUUGUCAAGAGAAUUGAUCCUGUAAAAAAAAUGGGUCUUUUGAUGAGCGUCGCCAAUCAUACAAUAGAAGUUAUUCCUAGUAACACCAUUCCUACAGUUACCGUCGACGGCGAGGUGAUCGAUUGUGAAAAUGGCAUUUCUGUUCCGAAAGGCGAAGCUCAUUAUAUUUUACGGGUGGUUUGGAGUCAGGAUCGUUUGAUCAUUCAAUCUAAACAUACCGCAUUCGACCUCGAAUGGACUGAAAGAUCUGUUGCUUUGGCUAUGAGCACUUUAUUGCAAGGAAGAGUGGCGGGGCUUUGUGGUCAUCUAGAUGGUACACACGUGGACCGUAAGACGAAAAUAUACACGGUUGGAAAGUGAAUCUUUCACAAUUUGCUUCAGAGACAUAUCGUAGUAAAGUAGAUAAUUUC